UGAUCUGACGAUUUACUGAAACAAAUAGCAAUGAAUCUCCAGGAAGAGGAAUAUUUUGCAUCUGACUGGUUGACUAGAAAACAUAAGAGAAAAAGUUCCAUUGUUGUUCUUAGAAUAACACUAAGUGAAAAGAGGGUAUUUAACUCACUGCAAAGCUUCUUCAAAUAUUCAUAUUAGAUCCUAUAAAUUAGCAGCUGUAGCAACAGAAGAGUGUUGUCCUUCCCUGGUGUCAACCAAGAAGUGUUUUUCUGAAAGGGGGAAGUCAUAACAUCCCUUUCAGUGGACUCCAGUAAGCCCGUUAUGACUGAAAGGAAAGGUUAUGCUGGAAAUGGGCUUGUUCAUGUUAAAAACCCUCAUUUGGAUUCAAUGGACGAAGAUGUUCUUUAUCACUUAAAUUUAGGAACUAAAACACACAACCUACCAGUGAUGUUUGGUGACGUAAAGUUUGUCUGCGUUGGUGGCAGCCCUAACAGAAUGAAAGCUUUUGCUCAGUUCAUGCACAAAGAACUUGGACUUGAAGGAGAUGGGAAAGACUUGAAAGAUAUUUGUGCUGGGACAGAUCGGUAUUCUAUGUACAAGGCUGGACCAGUGCUCUCCAUCAGUCAUGGGAUGGGUGUUCCUUCCAUUUCUAUUAUGCUUCAUGAACUAAUCAAAUUACUACACCAUGCAAAAUGCCGUGAUGUUACUAUUAUACGCAUUGGUACUUCUGGGGGCUUAGGCAUUGACCCUGGAACUGUUGUAAUCACAGAUAUCGCAGUGGAUUCAUUUUUUAAGGCUCGGUUUGAGCAGGUGAUACUGGAUAAUAUAGUUGUACGAAGCACUGAACUUGAUAAGGACCUUGUUGAGGAGCUACUGAACUGCAGCAAAGAGAUUCAUUACUUUCCAACACUUAUUGGGCAUACUAUGUGCACCUAUGAUUUUUAUGAAGGUCAAGGACGAUUAGAUGGAGCAUUGUGUUCUUUUUCCCAUGAAAAGAAGUUGGAGUACUUAAAGAGAGCUUAUGAUGCUGGUGUAAGAAAUAUUGAAAUGGAGUCAACUGUAUUUGCUGCUAUAUGUGGACUUUGUGGUCUAAAAGCUGCUGUUGUCUGUGUGGCACUCCUUAACAGACUCGAAGGUGACCAGAUUAAGGCACCCCAUGAAGUUCUAGUAGAAUAUCAGCAACGGCCUCAGCAUCUGAUCUCAAUUUUUAUCAAAAAGCGUCUUGGGUUAUAUAACCAAAUGGAAUUACUAGACAAUGCAUUUUUCCUGAAUAACUAAGGGGAAAAUAUACCCUGCCAAUACACAAAAUGAAUGUCUUAUGUAUUUAUCUCUUUAUAUUGAUACGUAUAGGCAGACAUAAAUAUAAUGUUGCUGUGUAGUGAAUUCAAAUAUAAAUGAAACUGUUUAUAAGGAAACAGAAUGAUAGUUCCAAAUGGUUUCAAUGCAUAGUUAGUGAAAACUCUAAAGCCAGUUAUAAUGUAGUCGUUUUGUCCUAUAAGGGGAUUUUACGGCAUACACAUUCACAUAAAAUUAACACCUAUCUAUAAAACACUUUCCACAUCAGAUCCCUCUACAGGCAUAAAAAGGUGUGGAGUGUAAUCACAAGUAGCCCUAGCGGGACUCAGUGAACCUGAUUUAUAAUAGGGCCUGUGGGUGUUCAGCACCUCUGAACAUCUGGCCCUGUAGUGUUCCAGGAUCCAGACCGAUCUAGGACUUGGUUUUGUUUAAUUUUACAUAUUUAUAUAUCUGAGAAAAGGUCUGAAAUGGAAAGUAUGUAAGUAUUACUAUAACAUAAAAGGGUAGGCCACAGAAAUCCUUCUUAUAGCAAAAAUAAAAUUAUCAUCAUGGUGGAACUGCUCACUAGUGGGUGUAGGUUUGGGCCCCAAGGUGAUUGUUUAGAAAGCCAAAACUAGGCAAAUCAGCAUUUGUGGCAUUAUUGUUCUUCAUUGAGUUUCAGCAAACACAGGUGAUAGGCAGCUUAUAAAGAGAGAAUAAAUAUUAUUGAUACAAAUUUAAUUUUACUGUAAAUUACUAACGAGUCCUGUAUCCUUCAUAUGUGUUUGCUAAUCAGCACAUAGAAAUACAAAUCAUGAUCUCUAACUUUGAAAUGGCUAAAAGGUUCUUUGUUGUUUGGAUUUUUUACUUAACUUAUGGCCUGAUCCAGAGUCCACUUCUUUCACUUUCCCAUGACUUCAGUGGGCUCUGGCUCAGGCCCAGGCCCUAUUUUUAUGACCCAUUCAAAGUGUUCUUUGCAAUGAGAAUCUUACAAUUUUGUAACGGUAAUUUAUAGAAGUUUAACUGUUAUUUUAAAUAUUAUAAACUUAAUAUAUCACAUUAAAUAGAGUACAGGCCUGUAAAAUGAACACGUUUUUAUAAUUUUAAACAGAAAAUAGAAUCAGAAGAAACUAUUACAAAAAGGUAUUUUUCAUGGGCUAGCCUAGACCCACAAUUGUAUGACCAAUAUUCAUGAAAUCUUCAUCAAACAUAGGAGAAUCCCUAUUUUAUCAGCUAUUCGGGGAUCGAGUUAAUUAAAUAAAAAAAUUCAUAAAACUGAACAUCUCAAAAUUACAGCAGGUAUAGUGCAUAACUUGCAGCAUGGUGCACUGCAUUGAUUACUUCUUGCCCUUCAAACCCCUGCAAAGCAAUUCCCGAUGCACUGAAGAUAUCAGAAUGUGAAAAGAUGUCAACCUAUUCUUCAUUGACAUCACUUUAGUCAUAUGACUUCUCCCGUACCCCCAUCAAGAAAAGUGUCCUAAGAUUGAUGUUCAUAAAAUUGAGGUCGUACUGUAUCUUUAUUUUUUAUUUUAUUUUAUUUUUUUACUACAACAACUUUAAGUCCAGGAAAUAAUACUUUUAAAAAUCUGUUUAAGGAAUGUAAGGUCUGAUGCUUCUCUCACCUAUGCUAUUUUACAUUUGGUUCACUGUAAUUACUCCUGUUUCUCACUGGUGUGAGAGGGAUAUCAGGUCUGUAGUGCUCACUACUCAGGCAUUUGAACUGAAGUCUUUUAUUUAAUUAUAGAACAGGUCCGGCUCAGGCUUUCUUGCCAUGCCCCAUUAGUAUGCCUCAGCCUGAGCUGGAGGUCUCACCUCUAGGUGUUCUGGGUAGUACACGUUUCACGUCAAAUCAAUCCCUAAAUCUUAAAACCCCUAAACACCAAUGUCCCCAAGGGAUCUGUUCUGGGCCCAGUGCUGUUCAACAGAUUCAUAAAUGAUCUGGAAAAAGGGAUAAACAGUGAGGUGGGAAAAUUUGCAGAUGAUACAAAAUUACUCAAGAUAGUAAAGUCCAAAGUAGACUCGGUGACUUCAAAAAAGCAGACUUUAACAAACUUUAAGAACUGGUAGGCAAGGUCCUUUGGGAAGAAACUCUAUGGGAAAAAGGAGUUCAGGAGAGCUGGCAGUUUCUCACGGAGACAAUAUUAAAGGCACAACUGCAAACCAUCCUGAUGUGAGAGAAAGAUAGGAAGAAUUGUAAGCGGCCAAUAUGGCUCCACUAGGAGCUCUUUAAAGGAAUCCUACAAAAAGAGGAAACAUAGACAAAUUGCUAAGGAGAAGUACAAAAGAAUAGCACAAGCAUGUAGGAGCAAAAUCAGAAAGAUUAUGGCACAAAAUGAGUUAGAGUUAGCAAGGGACAUAAAAGGCAAUAAGAAAAGGUUCUGAAAACACAUUAGGCGCAAGAGAAAGAUGAAGGAGAGUGUAGGUCCUCUAUUUAGUGGGGAAGGAGAGGUAAUAACUGAUGACAUCAAGAAAGCUGAACUGUUUAAUGCCUAUUUUGCCUAUUUUGCUUCAGUCUUCAC